ACAAAAAAAUUUCUAGACCCUAAAGUUAAAAACUCUUGACCUAGUCUGACCCUUCCCUUUUACAGAAGAGAAUACUAAGAGUUCUAGAUGGGAAAAGAUGUACUGAGGUCAUGGCAGAAUGGGAUCUACAGUUGAAUAUUCCUGCUUGGUAGGUCUUUUUGCUUUUCUGUCAAUAUAGUUCAGAAUCUGACCGGAAUCUGACUCAUGGCAACUAAAUUAGGGAUGUAGGAGAUUGUCAAGAUAGGAGAUCGUUCUAGUGAGAGAGAAUAAAAUUCUGAGCUAGGAUAGACAUUGUGAGUGGAGUCUGGAUUCUUAGAAUCAAUAAACUUUGAUCAAGAUAUGGGAGAUGUAGCAGAGGGAAAAAUCGAAGUUGACUCUGGGUGACUAAGUGGAUGCUUAGAUCAUCAAUAGAAACAGGGAAGCUAGGGAAUGGGCCCAUUUUGGAGGAGAAAAUGAACUCGGUUUUGGACUUGGGAGUCUGAGGUUUGGGUAGCAUGCCUUUGUGAAAUUUAUCUGACUAGUUGUCACUGGAAGAACUGGAAUUGAGGUAGGAAGAGCUUGCCAUUGGAAAUGUAGAUCUAAGAAUCCCUUACAUUGGUUAAAUUUCAAUUCAUCUCAGGAAACAUUUAGGGAGAAGCUGGGAAGAAGAUAAGCAGCUCAUAGUCUAGGGGGACAUUAUGGCAUAAUAGAGUUCUGGUUCUGGAAUUAAGGAGAUGUGAAUUCAAAUCCCAACCUAGACAUUUAGAAUUUCUAUGUCUCUGGAUAGGUCACUUAAAUUCUUAUCUGCCUCUGCUUAUUUAUAAAAAAGAAGUAAUAAUAGCAACUGCUUCACAAAAUUAUUGUUGAGGCCAAAUGAAGAUUAUGUGUUUGACAUGAUUUAAAAAGCUGUGAAUAUUUUAUAUUUAUUUAAGAGAUGAGAUCUAUAUGAAAUAUAUAACAUAUAAAAUAAUGAAGUGAGACUAUCACAGUGCUAUAUGAAGUUGAGGAGAGGAAGAUCAUUACCGAGCUGGAGGGCCUGAUGAAGCUCCCUGGAGGAGGCAGUAUUUGAAUUGGGCUUUAAGAGAUGGACAGAAAAAUGCAAUUCAAAACUUCUUGAUGCUUAUGUAGUAAAUAUAGCUACGGGGAAGCCCCAUUCCGUCCUGUGCCAUAGGGACUGCUUGGAUCCUUGCCUUAACUGGAAAAUUCAACUCUGAGGAAGGGUUCUUAUCCUAAAAAUCAUGAACUUUUUUUUUAAGCAAAAAAAAGUGUUCAAGAAGGCAAGUCCAAAUGGGAAGCUCACAGUCUACUUGGGAAAGCGAGACUUUGUCGACCACAUCGAUAUCGUCGACCCUGUCGAUGGUGUGGUUCUGGUGGAUCCUGAGUACCUCAAGGAGAGGAGAGUGUACGUAACUCUGACCUGCGCCUUCCGCUACGGCCGGGAGGACCUGGACGUGCUGGGCCUGACCUUCCGCAAGGACCUGUUUGUGGCCAACAUCCAGUCCUUCCCACCUGCCCCUGAAGACAGGCCCCUCACACGGCUUCAAGAACGGCUCAUCAGGAAACUGGGGGAGCAUGCUUACCCCUUCACCUUUGAGAUCCCUCCCAACUUGCCCUGCUCAGUGACACUGCAGCCGGGGCCUGAGGACACGGGGAAGGCCUGUGGUGUGGAUUAUGAAGUCAAAGCCUUCUGUGCAGAAAAUCUGGAGGAGAAAACUCACAAACGGAAUUCUGUGCGCCUGGUUAUCCGGAAGGUCCAGUAUGCCCCAGAGAGACCUGGUCCCCAGCCCACAGCUGAGACAACUCGUCAUUUCCUGAUGUCUGACAAACCCCUGCAUUUGGAGGCCUCUUUGGAUAAGGAGAUCUACUACCAUGGGGAACCCAUCAGUGUUAAUGUCCAUGUCACCAACAAUACCAACAAGACGGUGAAGAAGAUAAAAAUUUCAGUACGCCAAUAUGCUGAUAUCUGCCUGUUCAAUACGGCACAGUACAAAUGUCCCGUGGCUGUGGAGGAGGCUGACGACAUGGUGGCUCCAAGUUCAACAUUCUGCAAAGUCUACACCCUCACCCCAUUCCUGGCCAACAACCGGGAGAAGCGAGGCCUGGCUUUGGAUGGCAAGCUGAAGCAUGAAGACACCAACUUGGCUUCCAGCACCCUCAGGUUGAGGGAUGGCACAAAUAAAGAGAUCUUGGGAAUCAUCGUGUCCUACAAAGUCAAAGUGAAGCUUGUCGUUUCCCGAGGAGGCCUGUUGGGAGACCUCGCAUCCAGUGAUGUGGCUGUCGAACUGCCCUUCACCUUGAUGCACCCGAAGCCCAGGGAGGAACCUGUGCGUCGAGAAGUUCCAGAGAAUGAAGCGCCCAUAGAUACCAAUCUCAUAGAACUUGAUACAAAUGAUGACGACAUUGUCUUUGAGGACUUUGCUCGACAGAGACUGAAAGGUAUGAAGGACGACCAAGAAGAGGAGGAAGUCCCAAACUCGCCACAUUUGAACAACACAUAAGACUGGACUCCUCUUGGAUCUUCUUCUCGGGUGGUUCCUGGUUAACUCUUGUGAAUUAGGCUGCUUGUUAUCAUUUCUUCUUUUCCUUCUCCUCCCUCUUUUUCUGCUAUUUCUUUCCCCUUCUGUUUUUCUACUUCUACCAGGGGACUCCAAAGGACUUAUGUAGUUAUCAUCAGGGAUCCUCACCAUCUGGCUUUGAUGCACUUGUCACCAUAUCCCUGAUCCUUCCUGGUGGAUCCCUUAUUUCUGCCCUGGGAAAGAACGGAUGACUUACUACCUUUCCUACCUUAUUCCAUCCCAAGCUCUGUUUCCACCUCACCUUUGAUCCCCUCCAGCCAGCCAGCCUUGAGUACUCUCCAUAUGGCCAGUCUCUAGGAGCUUCCCAAUCCACAAUCUUUGUAUUGUGUCUCUUCUGCACACACUGGGUGGAAUCCAUCCAAUGGAAGUGAGUGUAUGAAAGUGGAGUCUGCCGAAGGAUAGGGGAAAGGAUUGCCACAUGUGUGUAUGUUUGGGGGUGAGAGCAGGGGGAUGGUCCUAGGCAUACUUGUCGGUGGUGGGAAGGUGAUAAGAGGAGGAUGAGGGGGCUGUCCAUAGUUCUAGUCAGCAGCAUGUUCAGAACAGCUCAUGAGACCACCUGACUGAGCUACCUUGAGACCGAGAGAUUGGGGUAACAAGUAGGGAGCCAAGCAGUGGAGAGGGUGGGAAAGAACCAGCAGCUGGAAUUUGUCCUUUCACUCCCCUCCUAAUAUUUCUCUCUUCUUGCCACCUCCCGUCCCAAUAUUUGGUAUUUUGGGCAGUAAUGAUAUUAUAACAGUUCAAAAGCAGUCAAUUGAUGUUCUUACCAGCAAUUACCAAGUUGAAUACAGGUCACAAGAAUUAGCACAAGCAUUUUAAUAUUGUCAGAUCUUAAUCUCUUAAAUGAUAUGUAUCUUCUAUGUAUUAGAGACAGAGGAAGAAAGGGAGGGCUGGAAGUAAAAUUUCUCUAUUAGAAUGGGCAUUGUCCAUGGUCCUGAAGAAAAAAGGACCCUGUGAUAGAGGUGAGGAGAGGAAGCAUGUCUUGCUCCAGAGUCUCUGGUAACAAAAUUUUCAGUAUCUCUGGGGAAGAUUCCCAGAGAGACCCUUCUUUCCUGAGUGAGCUGUUUGUCUACCCUAGAACUGGCAGAGUUUUACUAUUCCAUUCAGCAAUGCAACACAAUGCAAUAAAUGCCUACUAUGUACAAGGGAUAUAAAGAUAAAGGGAAGCAUCCCUUGCCUUUAAAAAAAACCUUAUAUUCUAGUUGGGGGAAGGGAGUAGAACUUACAUUCUUCCAUUUGGUGUGCUAGUUACUGAAUUGCCCUCAGAUGAUACAUGGGGGCUGAGGAAAGUCCAGAUAUAUGGUAAGUUCUGAGAAAUCUCUACCUGUGAUUUCUGCUGUGGCAGACAUUUAUGGGGACACACAAAUGAAGAGAACAUAGCUGGUUCUCAGAAGAAAAGCUAGUACUAUGCUUCAAAUGUUGGUUUCAUUUACCUCUUCAGAAAUGGAAGAAAGAGAUGUGGAACGACAGAUUUAUUGCCUAGGAUUUAGGAAGUAAAAACAACCUCAGAGAUCAUGUAGUUUAAAUGAGUCCCUUCAUUUUGCAGAUUGGGGCAAUGGGGGCCUAGGUGGUUAAGUGGCUUGCCCCAAAGUCACACAAAGUAAUAAAAUAGAACCAGGAUCCAAAGCCAGGGCCUCUGAUUCCUAAUCACAGUAUUCUGGACAGGGAGCUGCCUUCCAAAAUCUUUCUCUUUGACUCCCUUGGAUCCAGACCAAAAACUUAUUUCAGAUUCCCUGAGGUCAUCACCUUGUCAGAAAUUGGUUGUAUUCUUCUGGGUUUCUUCUCUGAAAGGAAAGUAAUUUCAUUAGGAAGAAAACAAAUAGAUUCUUGUGAAAUCAUCUAUAUCUAUAGAUUCAAGCUCGGCAGAUCAUCUUUUUUGCUCUUGGAUCUUGGAAACCAUGAAGAGCUGCAGAGGGAGAGAGGACGAGAUUUAUCUCAGUUGAUCUAGACAUUGUAGAGAAAAACCUUUGAUUCUAAUACAUGGAGUCCUUCCCAAUGGAAGAAACCUAAGAAUCAUCUAGUUCAACCUCUCACCUAGUUUGAGACUCUUUCUCCACAAUCUUCAUGAUAAGGUCAUCUGAUAUGCUGGAAAUGAUGGAAAUGGCCCUGAAUCUGGAAACAGAGGAGCUCAGAUUUGAACCCAUAAGAGUUUGAAUAUUCAGGAUAAGGGAUGAAUCCCAUAUUUGGAGCAAUAACUGAGAAUUUUGCACCUGGAAAAAAGAAAUGGGGAAAAAGUAGGGAUAAGAGCUCACCAAGGAUAUAAUUGCCAGGGGGUGGGAUAGGGACAAAAAAUACUACCUUAAAUGGUAUUGGCAGCAUCCAUAAAUUUUGGUACCUAAAUUAUAUCACCCAGUUAUAUUUCUUAUCAUAUGUUGAUUGAUAUAAGGUGUGAAUUGGAAUAUAAGACCCCUGACCUUAUCCAGUAGGCAUUGAUUGCCACAGACAAUUCUGUUUCUAAGUAGCAUUUUAGAUUCCUGGACCAGUGCAUGUUGUAACGUAGCAGACAUAUUGUUUUUUCACCUCCUCAUUAUCAAGGAUAGCAAGGUUAAGGGACAAAGAGUUUCCCCCCACUCUGAUUCCUUUCUGCUCCCACCUGUGACAUCCUCAGUAGAGAGUAAGGAGCAACCAUCUGCCAGACAGGUUCCUCCAGUAGCCAGAAGGACAAGGAACCUGGAGGUCUCGCUUUGUUCCUGCCAGUCCUGACAUUUUCAUGUGCCAACACACCUUUGGGAAAAUCCUUGGCUGUCUACUCUAGACCUCUUCAGGAAAUUGGCAUCAUGUUUAUAGCCUGAGAACUGAGCAUAGGAAGUAAGGGCAGACAAACUAGAUGUCCACUGACAGCUUCCAAAUCUCUUGCUCAGCUUCAAAUUAUAAGCAACAGUAAUAGCGUUCUCAGAGUUCCUGACUUUCAACAUUUGUUAUGUUAUUAUGUAUUAGGCACAAUUCUGGGUGCUGGGGAUAAAAAAAAUUAAACUGCCCUCAAGGAGCUUACAUUCUAUCAGAUUUGGAAAGUAAUUCAAAUGUCAACUAGCCCAGCCUGUACCUCUGCAAGAAUUUUUUAUCUUCUCUUCUGUUUUGCAGAAGCUACUCUGCUAACUUCUACAUGAAGGUCUCUAGUAAAUGGGAAUCUAACACCAAAAUUCCAUUUCACUUUUGGAUAGCUCUCCUUGUUAGGAAGUAAUAGCUAUUUCAGAUACCGAAGGAAGCUAUGUAUUCUACGUAUUCUACCAGAGAUAGAGUACAUUUUAGCAAAGGCAUGGCAAUGAGAGAUCCCAUAUAUUAAAAACAACUACGAGUUUAGCUUAGUUGAAACAAAACGUGAAGGAUGAUUACAUGAAAUCAUUAUAAAAAGGUAGGUUGGAGCAAGACUGAAAGAAUUUAAAUGCCAGGAUGAAGUGUUUUCAUUUUAUUUAGGAACAAUAGAAGGCUGCUGAAGACUUUGUGAUGUCUUAGUUUUUGGCAGCUUUGGAGCAUGGAAUCAAAAGAGGAGAGACUCAGAGCAGAGAGAUUAGUUAGGAGAACUGCCUCAAGAAAAAUGCCUCUGGGAAAACAGAAUAUGAGAUUUGGAGGCAGAUAACUCUAAAACAAGGUUGCCCUCCAUGAUCUAAGAGAUCAUCUGGCUUCCAGCCUACCACCAUGUGAGGGAAUAACUAUAUUCACUGAUAAACUUCUCAUUGUAAUAAUUUGGUACAUGCUUCUCUCUGACUAGAUCUGUUUUACCUCCAUAUGUGCAAAGAGGGAGGCAGGGUUUUGCCAACCUGUGUUUUAGGAGGUAAACUUUGGGCCUAGUCCCAGAAUAACUCUAAGAUGAUGUGAAACUAGGGCCUAUUUCUGGUCUGGCAUUCUGUCCCUUGGACCACACCAUUCAUCCCUCUGAGUCAGAUUCAACAAGAGAUCAAAUGAACACAACUUGAUUUAUCCUCAAAGAAAAACAGGUCAUGAAAGAGUUAAUCAAGUGCUUCUAAAUAUAUAUUAAUGAUAGAAUUGAAAAGGAUCUGAAGGGCCCUCUGGUCAAAUUCCUACCGAGAUCCCAUCAACAGCAUUUUUGACAGAUUUUCAUUUUGAAGAACACAAGUGAUGGGGAACUUAUAAUAGCUAACAUUUACAUAACUCUUUAAUGUUUGCAAAGAGUUUUACCUACAAUAUUUUGGUUGAUGCUCACAAUAACCCUAUGAGGCAGGUGCUAUUAUUAUCCCCAUUUUAUAGUUAAGGAUAUUAAUGUGGAGAAAAUGACUUGCCUACAAUAAUACAGCUAGUAAUUAUCUACGGCAGGAUUCAAACUAAGUUCUUCCUGAUUCCAGAUUCAGUGCUCUAUCCACUAGGCUAUCUCAUUAUGCAUUAUCUUGUACAGUAAUCCACUCCAUUGUUGGACAAUUCUAAUUGUUAGGUGCUUUUCUCUUAUAUGGGGAAAAAAUCUUUCUCUGAUUUCUCCUAUUGCUCCUAGUUUUAUCUCCUGAGUCAAAGUAGGACAAAUAAAAUCCUUUUUCUCCAUGACAGCUCUUCAAAUAUUUGAAGACAACCAUCAUGUGUUCCUUCAAUCUUCUAAGCAUUUCCAAUUUUUUCUAAUAAUCCUUUUGUGGAAUUAUUUUUGUUCUUUGGUGAUGCUGUUCAUUCUGGACAAGACCCAGUUUUGUUAUUGUCUGCUAAAAUGUAGUUCUAGGGAUGGUUGGUAUUGGCAGUAAUCAAUUGCUAUCAGUGAGAGGCCCAUCUCAGAUACCAUCUGGAAUUUGGACUUGAAAAUAUCAGAAUGAUAAGAUGGAAUACUUUGGCCACAAAGUGUUGUUCUAGGGAUAUCUGUCACUUGCUGAUCCUGCCUAAUUUACAUUACCUCUGACAUUCUGCACACUCUACCCCACUGUGCACAUUAUAUUGUAAACUCAUUAGAAAGACAAUACAGCUUUUUAAGGUUUCAGUCUUUGCCAUUGUUGGAAGCAGUUGAGAAAGGAUUUUGCCAAAAGCCCUAUUUUCUCCCACUGAUUUCCAAUCUACUUUGAACAUGAGCCGCCUCCUUCAGUUUUUCAUUAGGUCCAGCACCAACAAGUCUCCCAGCCAUUCAAUCAAACAAUCAAGUGCUUUCUAUGUGCCAGGAAUAGUGAUAAAUGAUAAGGAUACAAGAGAGAGACAACAGGCAAACAGUCACAUACAAACAAGAUUUUAUACACAUGCACAACAGUGAAUCAAUGAAUGAAAUGUAAUCUCAGAGGAAAGGUAGUAGGGGCAAGAGGGGCAAGAGAAGAUCUGCAGAAGGUAGGAUUUGAGCUGAAUCUUGACAUUAUUUUCUGUUCUCUUAUCCUGGCCCCUAUCCUAGAGGAGAAUUGGGACUUCAAAGAAACAUGCUAUUAAAUGGCAGGAUAGCAAAGGUUGAUGGCCAGGAAAGCUGAGGUCUUGUGUUCCUGAACAACAAGAAGCUCAAUGGAAAGCUUACCCAUUUCCUAGAGAGAAGUCAUGUUGGUAUUCUUAGUAUACUUUGUUCCCAUCAGGGAGUUGGGUACUGAAAAUUCCCAACUCAUCUAAAAGGAAGAUUUGGAUUUGAGUCCUGAAAUAUGCCUUCAAUAAUUCUGCUUUGAUAUUUGUGUGUGUUUUGUUAAAUUUACUCAGAUAAACAAUUGUCCGUUGCUUUACACAUACCCACCUAAUGGAAGGUUUAUUUCACUACUCAAAGACAUUCUCUGCUUCCAUUAUCCAUGAUCUCUGACAUAGCCACAUUUGGGAGACUGGUCUAAGGAUGUUGUCCUGGAUGCAGCUCUCACUGAUGGUUUGAGAGACUGAGGAUUCCUUGGCAUUCUUUUGCUCAAAACCCAGGCACUUCACAAUAUGACUUAGAAC